ACCCUAGUGCUGAUCAAUAUCUCCAGCCGCGUGUAUCUUUUUCGAAUCUAGAUACCAUGCCAGUGGAGAGCUCUGUGGACUAUGCUCAACUGCAAAGCAAGCCCUCGCUCUCCCUACCCAUUUCCACGCAGUUUCCCCCGCUUGUGCAAAAUCCUAAUAAUAGUAGUUUCAUAGCAGCCAACAGUCCAAAUAAUUAUCCCCUUGAAUCUGGGGUGAAACCUGGCUCUCGUAAGAAGCUUCACAACACGUCCGAAAAGCGCCGUGUGGAGCGUCUCAACGCGAAGAUCGAAGAGCUGUACUCGAUCAUCUCGUCGACUGGCUCCGUGAUCAACAAGAGCAAGAUCAACAUCCUGAUGGAGUCCAUCAAGUUCCUCCGCCAUCUGCAACAUCAGAUCUCCACGCUGCGCGAGCAGGUCCAGACCGCCGAAGCCAAAGCGAACAAGCGUCUGGGCCAAGUCAAAGAGAUCGUCGCGCAGCAGAAGAUCAACUACCACGUGCUCUUCCUGCAGUCUCCGGUGCCCAUGGCCAUCCUCAGCACCGACGGCCAAUUCAUCGACGCCAACUCCCAGUUCUGCACGUCGGUUUCCACGUUUCCACUGUUGGGUAGACUGACGCGCUGCACGCUGGACGACCUCAAAACGAUGACGCUCUUCCGCUUCACGCACCCGGAAGACCUGCCCUGCGCCUUCGGGUAA